CAUCUUUUAAUUCUUCUAUCUUGACGGGGUUUUCAAUCUGUAAUCAAACUCUACCACGCAGGUCGGCCGCGAUGGCGCACCAAGUGCUUACCCGCAGCUCACUGGCAUCUAGCAUUUGGCCGCGCGCUGGUGCGUGUAGAAGUCGUCGAAUCGCUCAGCCUCUGUUUUGCGUGGCUGCGCCGGGUGAGGUGAUGCUUGAGGUGAAGAAUCUUGAAGCAAAAAUUGCAGCGACGGGUCAGCCAAUUCUCAAGGGCGUCAAUUUGACAAUUCGCAAUGGAGAGGUGCACGCAAUUAUGGGAAAGAAUGGCUCGGGCAAGAGUACGCUCAGCAAGGUGCUGGUGGGCCAUCCCGACUAUGAGGUGACGGGUGGCACAGCCACGUUUAAAGGCAAAGAUCUUUUUGAGCUGGAGCCCGAGGAGCGAUCACACGCUGGAUUAUUUCUUAGCUUCCAAACCCCCAUCGAGGUGCCUGGUGUCAGUAAUGUGGACUUCCUUCGGAUGGCCUGCAACGCUCGCCGUAAAGCUCUGGGGCAAUCCGAGCUCGAUCCCUUGGAGUUCUAUGCCUACAUCAUGCCAAAGCUGGAGAUGCUCAACAUGGACCCCACCUUUCUGAACCGCAACGUUAACGAGGGCUUUUCAGGCGGCGAGAAGAAGCGCAACGAGAUCCUGCAGCUGGCCGUGCUGGAGGCCGACAUGGCCAUCUUGGACGAAAUUGACAGCGGGCUGGACAUUGACGCGCUGCGAGAUGUGGCUAAGGCGGUGAACCAGCUCAAGAACGAAGACACCGGGGUGCUCAUGGUUACACACUACAAGAGGCUAUUAGACUACAUCAAGCCGGACUUCGUACACAUCAUGCAGGCGGGUGAGAUUGUCAAGACCGGUGACAUGGGUUUGGUGGACCAGUUAGAGGCGGGAGGAUACGCCACCCUCUCACACACCGACUCGGAGUGAGGGACCAGGGGAGGGGGGUUGGCGUUUCAGCGGGGUUGCGGCUGCCACGGGUGCUGCCAUGAUAGUGUACCUCUUUGUCCCUGCGAGUCCGGUGAGCAAAGUGAUGGUGGGUAUUAUAAAAUGUAAUUAUGGACAUGGCAGGUAGGGAAGGUGGGGGACAGAGGCCGUAUGUGUCGGACGGGAUGGGACGGAUUAAUCGGCGCGAUGGUGCGUUGUUUGGUUUGACUUGGUUCUGGGUUUGGCCAAGGAUUAAUCCGUUAUGUGUGGCGAAAGGCUCACAAACCCAAGAGGCGCCCAAGGGUUGCGCGUGCAUUCCCUGCUUUGUCAGCAACAAUAGACACAACAUAGCUGAGCUAUGGACAAGUAAUCUGCUAGACUUGUAAUUGGAUAAACUUG